CGUGGAUGAUGAUGCUUAUUGGGAAAAGAAAACCGUCCUCCCCUAUCUUUUAGCUCCUUUCGAAAAUCCCCAGAUCGGUGCUGUCGGCGGCCCACAAAGCGGCGAGAUUCCUACUGCCUCUCAAACCACCGAUAGUAUCACCCUUUGGGAGGUGGCUUCCUUGCGUCAGAUUUCUUCUCAGAAUCCGGCACAAGCGGCGCGAUAUGCUGCCGACGGCGGGGUUUUUGUGCUCAUCGGCAGGACAUUACUUGCACGUUCAUCGAUUUUGAAAGACGCAGCAUUUGCACAUGCAUUUGCCAACGAAUAUUGGGGCGGCAACUUGAUGAAUACAGGCGAUGAUAACUUCAUCUGUGAGUGGAUUCACUGGAAACGUGGCUUCGACCUGUGUAUCCAGAAUGCGCCGGAAGCAGAAAUCACCACGCAUGUAUGGCCGAACUCCAAUUUCUUCUGGCAGCUUGUUAGGUGGCAAAAAAGCUCAAUACAGAGUUAUCGGCGGAAACUUUUCCAUAGUCCCGGAAUUGAGACCAUGUGGCCAAAGCAUCCCUACACCACACGCAAGAUGUUUGAACGCCUCUUGCGACCUUUUUAUAUGUGGCUAUACUUCCUGACCUGGGCGUACACGCUAGGCAACUACCCCAUUCUAGGACUUGCAUUCUUGGCGUACUUUGCCUGCGGCUGGCAUAUAUCGUACCGCGCUUUUGUUAAACAGUAUCCAUAUUGCAGACGAAAAGUAUGGGCCGCGUGGCUGAUGGACUACUGUUAUGCCAUUGUAGACGUAUACGCCUGGCUUACUUUGAACCAAGAAGGCUGGCUGACUAGGGACGACAAGCCUUCGGCUGAUCUUAAGAAAAGUUAAGAAUAUCUACGCCGAGCGAUGGCCUCGGCUGUAAUCUGCCUAUUAUGCGCCAGGUUCAAGGCUCAUUAUUGAGUUAAAAUGGUUUUACAAGGCAGCCA